CACAUCCUAACAAAAAAAUAGAUGCAUGUGAGGCAAUUUGGUUCUAUGGGGCCACGAGUUUGACUUUCCUCUUCCAAAGAAAUCACGAGCAGUCAAAUACCACAUGCUUGCCGAUGGACACCCUCAAACGCGGUUUCAAAGACGUUCAUGCACUCACUGUCAUGCCUGGUAUUGACAUUACUUUUAUAUUUUUAUAUACGUAGACAGAAAUAUUUAUUAUUAUUCUUAGAUCAGAAGUAAAGAAAAUAAAUCAGCUUGGAUCCAUGUAAAAGUAAACAAACACAUCAUCCUUGCGAUAUCAAGAUCUGGAAGCUGUCGUAGAAAGCUCUCUCUGCUUUUUUGGGGUCUGAAAGCUUCAGUCUUUUCUCGUCAGAAGCAUAUGGUGAUGUGUACUCACAUGUUGUGCAUAUAGGGUUUUCAUUUUCUCUUUCUUUGAAGUUUCUCGGGCUGUGCUUGGAUCUUUAGAACACUCUUGAGACCCCACUAAAUUUGGAAAGGUAGCUGAAAUCUUUUUGGAUUCUGUUAAGCUUCUAAAAUGGAAAGUUCGAGGGGCAGGAGAGUUGAGAAAAGAGGUUAUGAGCAGGGUGUCGAUGAUGAAGCUGACAACCUGCCAGAAUCAAAAAAGGCAAAAUUGCCCGCUUUAGCAAGUGUAAUUGUGGAGGCUUUGAAGGUGGAUAGUUUGCAAAGACUUUGCUCAUCUCUGGAGCCUUUGUUUCGCAGAAUUGUCAGCGAAGAAGUGGAACGUGCUUUGACGAGGUUAGGCCCUGCUAAAUUGGCUGGAGGGUCGUCACCACCAAAACUUGCAGGCCCAAAUGGAAACAAUCUACAACUUCAUUUCAGAACAAGAAUGCCUCCUCACCUGUUCACCGGAGGGAAAGUUGAGGGGGAGCAAGGGGCAACUAUCCAUGUUGUCCUGUUGGAUGCAAGCACUGGAACUGUCAUGCAAACUGGACCAGAAUCAGCAGCCAAACUGAAUGUUGUGGUUCUUGAAGGUGACUUCAAUGACGAAGCUGAUGAAGGUUGGACAGCAGAACAUUUUGAAAGCCAUGAAGUAAAGGAGCGUGAAGGUAAAAGGCCACUACUGACUGGGGAUCUACAGGUCAGUCUCAAGGAAGGGGUAGGAACUCUUGGAGAUCUUACAUUUACUGACAAUUCUAGUUGGAUAAGGAGCAGAAAGUUCAGGCUUGGUGUUAAGGUUUCUCCUGGAUAUUGUGAGGGGAUUCGUGUUCGUGAGGCUAAGACAGAGGCAUUUGCUGUUAAAGAUCACCGAGGAGAAUUAUACAAAAAACACUACCCGCCGGCUUUACAUGAUGAAGUUUGGAGAUUGGACAGGAUAGCAAAGGAUGGAGCACUGCACAAAAAAUUGGUGAUGGCUGAUAUUACAACAGUUGAAGAUUUUCUCCGUGUUCUUUUUAGGGAUUCACAGAAAUUAAGAAAUAUCCUUGGAAGUGGAAUGUCAAAUAGGAUGUGGGAGAAUACAGUUGAGCAUGCGAAGACUUGUGUCUUAGGAGGAAAGCUUUACGUUUACUAUGCUGCUGGUACUCAUAGCACCGGUGUUGUUUUCAAUAAUGUUUAUGAGCCCAGGGGCCUUAUUUCUGAUGGGCAGUUCCUCUCUCUGGAUUCACUUAAUCACAAUCAAAAGGUUUCAGUGGAUUCCCUGGUGAAGCGAGCAUAUGAGAAUUGGCAUCAUGUUGUGGAAUAUGAUGGCAAAGUUCUGAACUCCCUAGCUAGCAAUAAGGGUGGCAAAGGAGCAUCCGCUGCACCCAUAGUCGACAGCAGCUAUGAGAGAAAUCAGUAUAUAACAUCUGAUCAAAACAAGCAACAGUUUAUCCCUUCUGAACCAAGUCCACAAUAUCAAGCUAUAAUUAACCACCCAUCAGUCCCUCAGUUGAUUAAAUUUCCAUUUGUUAGGUCAGAUCAGAAUGCAGCAAUGACCCUAAAUAAUCCACAAGCAGCCUUAUCUGGUGGCACGGAUUAUAUGUCUGUUGGAACCCCAGUGGGGGAUACUUGCUUUCCAGGAGAUUGGUCUCGGCCAAGGACUGGGAAUGGAUUAGAAGACUUCUUCACAGAAGAAAUACGGGUAAGGAGUUCAGAGAUGUUGGAGAGUGAUGACAUGCAGAGACUGCUAAAAACACUCGGUAUGGGUGGAGUUGGAAUGGGACCUGGUUUUGUUCAUCCUGAUGAGCCUUGUUACUCUUAUAGCGUUCAAGCAUAUGAGCCUCAGAGGGAUCAAACAUAUGCGCAGGAGCGAGGAAGAGGCUCAAAGGCUGUCGUUGGAUGGCUUAAGCUGAAAGCAGCUCUACGCUGGGGGAUUUUUGUCAGGAAGAAAGCCGCAGAAAGAAGAGCUCGGCUUGUUGAGCUGGAUUGAACAGAAUGUUUAAAUCUAAUUUAUCCUGGUGUUAACUGAUAUUAUAUAUGUUAAGAGCCCGUGAAUUUUUAAUUUUUUUGUUUGAUCGUUGAGAAACAUAAUUGAAUAUAUUCAAGCUUAACAGAUUGGGAUUAAAAA